AUUUUUGUGAAAAUUACAAAUGAAAUUGAAGCUUUAAAUUUAACUAUUAACUUAAUAGUUAAAUUGUAAAUAUUUUUGUACAUACAAUUAUAUUUAUUUCUGUGUAAUGUAUAGAAUAUCAAGUUCUAUUCAUUUUUACAUAAAUAACUGUAGUUCAUAAAUAAAAGAAGAAGAAUCAGAAAAUAUCCGAAUCUUCAACGAAUGCAACUUUCGUAACUAGGACUAGUUUAGACCUUGCUUUCACCAACCAAGAUAGGCUCAACCAAGUCGUGGCUUGAUCGUCGAACGCAUAACAUCGCGAAAACAUAUAUCCGGAGCAUCAUUGGUUUGUGAUUCGCGAUGAUAACACGACAAUUAACAUAAACUGUCAAGUUUUAAUCAAACCCAGAUCUUCUGGGUUAAAAUGUGGUGGAGCAACAAUUUUAUAAUUCUCGCCAUUUUAGUUUCAUUAGAAAUUUCAAGAUCUCAAACGCGAGAUGCCGGUAAUCACGAAUGUCUGCGAUUUUGUACUGAUGAGGCGCUUUCGAAAAAAUUAUGCCGCUACGAGUUCUACGUCGGUGAAUUAUCUAGCACGAUCAGUUCCCAUAACAGAUCCAAGGUCAAGGACGACUCUAGAAUUCCAUCAAAAAGUUUUCUGGGAAUUAAUGGAAAAAGUCCCGGUCCACAAAUAGAGAUUUGCUUUGGGGAUACAAUUGAAGUACUUUUGUACAAUAGAUUAGGAUCCGAAGAAUUAUCUUUACAUUGGCAUGGAUUACGACAAAAAGGGUCCGCUCAUAUGGAUGGUGUACCGAUGGUUACACAAUGUUCAAUAUUACCAUUUGGUGGUUUUCGAUACAAAAUAAAACCGGAAAGAAUUGGUUCAUACAUCUAUUACGCACAUUCAGUUUCACAGCAAGCGGACGGCGUGUACGGGUCGUUGACAGUUCGAGGCCCACAGGAUGACCCUAGCUUGGAAAGGAUACUUCUGUUGUCAUCAAGGCCACCAACUCCUCUGUCGUGGCAUUCGCACCUACAUCCACCUACGCCAGGUGUACUUCUCUUAAACGGCCAGACCGAUGGAACGAUCUUGAGAGUUAAUCAUGGCGCACAAUAUUUGUUACGACUGGUCAACGCGAACGCGUACAACUGCCCCGUACGAAUAUCCAUUUCCAGACAUGAUUUUCGUGUGUCUGCUGCUGAUGGGAACGUGGUUGAUUCGGUGACAGGCAGACACAUCGUUUCGUAUCCUGGUAAGUUGUGGAACGAGCCAGAGACGAACGAUACGCGCCUCGGCAUGGAGUGGACCCGCGACAAAACCCUCGAGCUACUGCGCGAGUAUCAACAGAGACGCGUACUCUGGGACUGGAAUGCACGCGGUUAUCGGGACCGUACGAAGCGUAAACGCGCUAUCCAAGAACUCGCCGAGAUACUCUGCUGUAACACGCUCGAGAUCGAGAAGAAGAUCACCAAUCUGAAGUGCCAGUAUUCGAGGGAGGUUCACAAGAUACAGAAUAGCCGGGACGCCGCCACCGGACCCGACGAUGUUUACGUGUCCAAGUGGUUCGCAUUCAAGGCGAUGCAGUUCCUGCAAUUCGGCACGCGUAGAUACAGCAAGAGGAAGAAGAAAACCGAGGAGGAAACAUCGAAACUGCAAGAGGAAUACAUAGUGAGCGACAUUGAUCCCGAGAGCAUCACCUUCAUAGACUGCAACGAAGAAACGAACGGUUCGGGGACCGGUUCUUUCAACGCCUCCCUGAGCGAGGACGCCGAGGAAUCGUCGUCGUCGAGUUUGAAAGCAAUGGAGCUUUACAACGGUUCCUUGCAGGACCAUUAUAACAGUCCGAUCGUUGAUUUGGACGAGUCUGGGCAAACUAAAGUUGAAACCACGACGGAUGAACGGAAGAGAACGAAAGAGGAGUUUGCUAAAUUUGCUGAGAGCAUCGCUGUGCAGUUAGCAGAGAUCCCAGACUCUUAUUCGAGAUCCGUGGCAAAGCUAAGGAUCAAUCAGAUCCUUUUCGAGGCUGAAAUCGGUAUUUACGCGCAAACACGUGAGAGAAUGGACGUAAUCGUGGAAACAAAUCAACCCUCUGGCAAGUACUUGAUCGAUAUAAAGGGCCUUCAAGAAUGUCAAAACCUUCGUCAGGAAGCUUUUAUCCUUUAUAACGACGUACAACCAGAUUCCGCAAUAAUAAAGGACGAAGAACUAUCGAAAAUCGAUGACCAUGCAAUAGCGAACAAGGGCUACGAUUGUCAUGAGAUAUCAAAGAAUUUCAUAUGUGCGUUGGAUUUGAAAGGAUCAAAGGGAACAUCGAACGAGAUUUAUGCUGAUCAAGUUAUUUAUAUUCCAUUCGACGUAAACGUUUUCCCAUUUUUCACUGAUGAACUGUCUGACAACAGAUAUAAUGUAUAUGGAUGCGCUUUUUAUCCUUCUUAUCUAAGUAUGAAUAAAAAUGGGAUAAAAAUUAUGCAAAUUAAUGGAAUAACGUUCAAGUAUCCUACAUCUCCAUUAUUAUCACAACCAGAGAAUAUACAAGAAGAAUCAAUUUGUUCUCUUGAGAAGCCUUCAAAACAGUGUGCUUAUACUCCACUGUUCUGUGAAUGUACUCAGAUCAUUGAAGUUCCAGCCAGAAAAUACAUCGACAUUAUCUUGAUAGAUGAAGGUUUUGGUGGAAACGUUUCUCACACGUUUCAUAUGCAUGGCUAUAAUGCCAGUAUCCUAGGAAGAGGUACUUUCGAAAGACCAAUUAGUAAGGAUGAAAUUGUAUUUUUGGAUCGUAACAGACAAUUGCAUCGUAAUAUCGUAAAUCCUCCUAAAAAAGACAGCUUCGUUGUGCCAAAUAAGGGCUACGUUAUUCUUCGCCUGUUUACUAAUAAUUUAGGAUACUGGUUGUGGGAAGCGAGAAGUACAGCAAUUUCUCCAAAAAUGUCUGGACCCGGUAUGCAAUUUCUAUUAAAAGUAGGAAAUCGCGAAAGUUUUGUACCAAUUCCCUUGGAUUUCCCUACCUGUGGAAAUAAUAAACCUCCGGACUUGGUGUUCGAAAUUAACUGAUUCAUUACUACACUAAAUAUAAUUUAUUGUAUUAUUUUGUAUUUAUUUUAUAUUUCUUCCUAGUACGAUAAAUUAUAUUCUCCUAGAGAAAUGAUUUAGCACCGUUUUAUAAAUAAAAGGGAACAACAUAAAACUAAUACUUGAAGUAACGAGGAGAAGACUUGUUUAUUAUUCAACAUAACAUAGAAUACAGUAAUUGUUUAUUAAAAUUGUGGAUAUCGGAAGCCGUAAAAUUCGUUCAGAGUGUGCAAUGGUGGUUUCCAAUUAUUACAUUCUGGGAAAUCAGGUGGAACUGGUGGAAGAUCUUCUAAAUCGCCUACAUGGAUAACCAAUUCCAUUCCAGUGAGAUGAUGCCAAGUGAAGUGGCAAUGAAGUAGCCAAUAACCUAUAUCAGAAUAACGGUAAUCUGUACCUGGAUUAUUUGCUUUAAAGCGUAAAAUCACAUAUCCGCCCGUUGGGAUCUUAACAGUAUCUUUGCCAGGUGGAUUUGUGUAUUCUCCUCGUUGAAGACGUUCCGUGUGCUGAUCAAUUAUUUGGUCUAUAUCUGCUUUUGAUAUAUUUCUCAUGUCAGCAAAUUGACCUAUGCUAAAUACUCUGAAUUCGUAACCGUGCAAAUGGAAUGGAUGAUGAAGAUCAGUCAGUGGCACUGAAAUAUUAUUCAAUGUUUAAUAUACUGAACAAGGUACUACGAAAACAUAGAAAAAAACACUUACCUUCAUCGUAAAUUAUAAGUUCAAUAACAUUGUUUAAUUUUGAAUGAAUAACUUGAGUGCA